CUCUGGAGAUCACACCUCUGCCCUUGCAGCUGAAAACUGACUGACAGUCACUGGUGACCAGAAGAAGACCUGACAGACAGACAAACAGACGCUCAUUCGCUAGUGACCUGAUUGAGAGACACACGCCGGUUUGUACGCAGGAAAAAAAAACAACAAAAAACCUCCAUUUGAAGAUGCCUCAGAACAGCGAGCUGAUCCACUCCUACAAGGGCGUGCCCUUCCCCACCAGGGUGUCCAUCGACCAGCUGAGCGCCCUCGAUGACUUUGAGGCCCGAGAGGACGACGUGCUGCUCGUCUCCUACCCCAAAUCAGGCACUCACUGGCUGGUGGAGAUCCUGAAGAACCUGUACUGCUGCACGGCGGGACAGAUGACCCUCACCCCCCCGCUGGAGUUCCAGGACCCCUCCAAGCUCUGCGAGCUGAGGAACCUGCCCAGCCCCAGGGUCAUCCCCACACACCUGCCCCAAAACAUGGUGCCCCGCCAGGUCCACAGCAAGAACUGCAAGGUGAUCUAUGUGAUCAGAAAUCCCAAAGACACCGCGGUGUCCAUGUUUCACUACUACAAGCAGAACCCCCACCUCCCCACCGUGCAGAAGUGGGGCACCUUCCUGGACCUGUUCCUGAACGGAGAAGUGGUGUACGGCUCUUGGAUCGACCACCUCCUGAGCUGGGAGAGGGCUGAGACCAAUGGGAAUACACUCUUUGUGUACUACGAGUCACUGAAAAAGGACCUGCCGAAAUACGUGCAGGAGAUCAGCUCAUUCCUGGGGCUGAGGGUCAGCGAGGAGCAGGCGAGGGAGAUCGCCAAGCGCUCCUCCUUCCGAGAGAUGAAGGAGAGGGUGGAGAGAGAGAAGGAGAGGGAGAAGCCGGAAGCUACCCACACCGUGUGUGCCCUGACAUCCGACAGGAAGCUCAUCUUCAGGAAAGGCGCUGUUGGGGACUGGAAGAACCACUUCACCACAGAGCAGAACUCCAAAUUUGAAGCACUACUCGGGGACAGGAUCAACUCCAGUGAGCUGGCCAGCAAUGUGGAGUACGAAUGCUAGCAUGCUAUGAAAUGACCACAGAAACAGGCUACGUGAACUAACACGUCACAUUAGCUGUACGUUGGCUUGGGUGUACACACUUUAUACUGCAAACACCAGGCUUUGUCGAUUUGAAUGUGUAUGUACACAUACCAGGUGUGCUGCAAACUAUGGCCUGGGACGUUUAUUUAUUUUUGUUUUUUAAUGAUCUGCAACAUUGUUUUUAAAAAUUUUUUAUUUGGUUUUUGUAUUAUUAUAAGAAAUGUGGCCUGUGAUACACAGUAGAAUUGCUGUGGUGUACUUCGCAUUCUGAACAGGAGGUGGCAGCAUUUGUACGCAGAUGGCACCUCUCUACGCACACGCUGGUAGUUGUAUUUUGCUUAGCAUCUUCGUAAAUCCCUUGAGUUUUUAAUAUAUGCACUUUAUACAAUUAUUUAUUUAUUAUUGUUUUUCUUUGUUGGUUGAAAUUUUGUGUUUAAGACACUUAUUUCUACAGAAAUAUUUUGUUGUGUUGACAGCACUGUACCCGCAUGCAUUUAAGUGUUUUAUAGUGUGGUACAAUGCCCCCACCCCAUGCAAUGACUUAAUAAAUAAAAAAAAUCUUAAAUAUUCA